GAGGAAUUGGGGUCCGCUCUAAGCUGCAGCCAGAGAAAGUGUGUUAAGAGUGGGGGCGGCCCUUCAGUUGCAUCGCCCCGGUUCGUACAUGUCUCUUUCCUCUCUUUGGGGCUCCGCAUCCAAGGGAAGACCAGAUGGGACUGACUAUAUUUAUUGCACCAGUCACCGCUCUUCCUACCAGGAAGACACACAUUUAUUAAUACUACUCGGUUGCAUGAGCAGGACUUUUUUUCUCUCGUUAAUCCCUUGCAACCGCUGAAAAGCAACCGAACAAACUUCUGCUUUUGCUCCACCACAAGUCCUGCAAGAUUUUUUUUUAAAAGAUUGGUGGGGAUUUUUCUUUUUUGCGGGAGGUAGGAUUUUUUCCCCCCUAUUCUUUUGCUUUGCCCUUCAGAGAGACGAGAGUUUGAGCAGUGGGCGUGCUGCUUUGGCCGCAACACCUCGAGCGCAGAAAGGCAGAGAGUGAAAAAAGCACUUGUGAACUCCGGGGUGGGGGAAGAGGUGGAAAAAAAAGAGAGAGAGAGGACUCGGAUUGGCGGUUGGUUGGAAAAAAAAAGAGAGAAGGAAACUGUUCCCACUUUGAGCCGGGCUCCAACAGUUCGAUUCCCAGCGCAAAGUUGGGGGAGAGAGGCGUGCAAGCGAGUGCCGGAGAGAGCAAAGCGGUGCGUGGACCUACAACUACUUCCUAGAGGGAACCGUGCCUUCCUAGAGGGAAUCGUGCCUUACUAGCCGAAGGAGCGGGCGUUUGCAAAGGCGCCGGCCAAGUUGCGGGUCUGGUUCCACCCGGGUGCCAAGCUGAGCCCCGCCGCCGACCUCCCCACAGCCGCCGCCGCCGCCGCGUGCGAGCCCCAGAGAUGGUGCAACAGACGAACAACGCGGAGAACACCGAAGCGCUGCUGGCCGGCGAGAGCUCGGACUCGGGCGCCGGCCUGGAGCUGGGCAUCGCCUCCUCGCCCACGCCGGGCUCGACCGCCUCGACGGGGGGCAAAGCCGACGACCCGAGCUGGUGCAAGACGCCCAGCGGGCACAUCAAGCGCCCCAUGAACGCCUUCAUGGUGUGGUCGCAGAUCGAGCGCCGGAAGAUCAUGGAGCAGUCGCCCGACAUGCACAACGCCGAGAUCUCCAAGCGGCUGGGCAAGCGCUGGAAGCUGCUCAAGGACGGCGACAAGAUCCCCUUCAUCCGGGAGGCGGAGCGGCUGCGCCUCAAGCACAUGGCCGACUACCCCGACUACAAGUACCGGCCCAGGAAGAAGGUCAAGGCGGGCGCCAACUCCGCCAAGCCCGGCGAGAAGAGCGGCGGCGGCGGCGGCGCCUCGGCGGCCAACUCCUCCAAACUCGCCCCCAAGAAGGGCAGCAGCGCCGCCAAAGCCUCCCCCGGCAAGCCGCAUCCCAAGCUGAGCCUCAGCGGCGCCGCCGCCGCCGCCGCCACCGGCAAAGCCUCGCCUCCGUUCCCGCCGUCGGAGCAGCCGGCCGCCCUCCUGCCGCCGGAGCACCACUCGCUGUGCAAACCCCGCGCCUCCUCGCCCUCGAGCGGCGGCGGCGGCGGCGGCAAACACCUCCCCGAGAAGAAGGCCAGGCGCCUCCACCUCUGCGCCCACGCCUCGCCCGUGCCCGCCAGCCCCACGCUCAGCUCCGACGCCGGCGACCCGCUCAGCCUGUAUGACGAAGCCGGCGCCGGCUUGCAGGAGGGCGUCGGGGCGGCCGAGUGCGCCUUGCCGCCCUGCUCGCCGUCGGACCACCGCAGCUACACCAGCCUGCGGGCGCCCUCGCCGGCGCCGUCCACCGCGCGCUCCUCGUCCUCCUCGUCGUCCUCCUCGUCGGGCUCCUCCUGCGCAUCCUGCUCCGACGACGACGAGUUCGAGGACGACCUCUUGGACCUCCACCCCAGCCCGGGCUUCGACGGCAUGGCCCUGGGCAGCCUCGGCUCGUCGGCCCUCGACCGGGACCUGGAUUUUAACUUAGAGCCCGGCUCGGGCUCCCACUUCGAGUUCCCGGACUAUUGCACGCCCGAGGUAAGUGAGAUGAUCUCGGGGGACUGGCUCGAGUCCAGCAUUUCCAACCUGGUCUUCACGUACUGAGGGGGCCGAGAAGAAAAAAAAGAGGAAAAGAAAUUUCGAGGGGUGGGGUGACGAGAGAAGACCCCCCCCCCCCAGGCGCGCUACAGACUGAGUAGGAGCCGGAAUUGCGCCCACGAUUGCUGAGUGUUCGGUUCCUUCACGAAAUUGACUGGGGGGUGUGUGUGCGUGUGUUUGUUUUCUGAGAAGUAAUCUGGCAAAAGGAAUCGACCUUUUUUGGGGGGGGAAGCACCACAGAAGUGUCUCUCUGUCUUUGGCAAAGCAGAUCCACACCCCCUUUUUGCCCCCCCCCCCCCCGGCGCUUCAUCCUCCCCACCGUGGAAGAAAUGAGUUCACGUUUCAGAGACUGCCUCCCCACACUUCAUCCUCCCGACCAUGGAAGACUCAAAUUGCAGAGACUGGUGUGCACCCCUCGACGGCCACUGAUAUUGGAAGGGGAUUUGGGGACGGGGAGGUUGUGUUGUGUGUAUCUAGGGUUAGGGGGUAAUGGUAAGGAUUUACCUCGGGAAAGAAAUCUGCAGGUGUUGCAAUAGGAAAAAGUGGGGUGGGGGUGGGAAAAAUCCUAGUUGGACCCUUCCCCCGUGGAAGAGAGGCCCCGAGAAACUGAACUGAGACCCUAAGUAAGAUUCGCAAGAAAAGAGGGGGUGGUGUCCAAAAAUGAACUGGAAUCCCUGCUAAGAGAAGAUAAUAAUAAAACUGAGAAGGAUUUGCACGUAUCAAGGCGAAGGUGGCCGCGAUUUUCUCAGUCACCUUAUUAUAUACAGAGAAAAGUCAGUAUGUGUGGAAUUUCAGCAACACUGAACUUAAAAAAAAAAAGAAUCCGAAUUUCGGUAUAGAACAUGCCAAGUUUCGGUGUAUGAUGUGGUACAGGGGAAACGGAGAGCAGUGUGCUCCUUUUGGCGGAAACAAAAAAAUGUGUUUUUUCUUCUUCUUACUCAGAAUCGUGGUGGUGUCGGAUUAUUUCACUGGUGGGGUUUUAAUAUAGCAUGUUACCAUGUCUAUCUUUCCGGAGAUUUCUGUAAGACUGUUGAACAGUUAAAAAAAAAAAAAGAAUAGUGUUAGAAUAAUAUAAAAAGCAGAUAGAUGGCGCUAUGUUUGAUUCCUACAAAAAAUAUCACCAGCUUUUUUUCAUUCUUAACUCUUUAAAGGAUUCAAACGCAACUCAAAUCUGUGCUGGACUUUUAAAAAGAAAAAAAGAAACAAAAAAUUCAGGACCAAAUUUUUGCUCAGUGUCUGUGGGUGUGUGUGUGUGCGCGUGGGUGUGUGUUCUUUUAUAGCUGCAAAUGAAGACUCUUUUCUUUUCACCUCCAUGAAGCCAUCCUUGAAAAUCUUCUUUCCCCCCCCCUUGUAAAUGUAAUUGGAUGCCAUUUUAUAAGUGAAGUAUUUAUACUGGCCAAACAUUUUUUACUUGUAUUACUUUGUCCUCUUUUGGUAGUUCUGUUGUUACCCGCACCAUUUUUAUAUCACCUUCACUGAAGGGCUAGAGUUUUAACUUUUAAUUUUUUAUAUUUAAAUGUAGACUUUUGACACUUUUAAAGAAAAAAAACAAGAGAAGAGAGAUGAAAACGUUUGAUUAUUUUCUCAGUGUAUUUUUGUAAAAAAUAUAUAAAGGGGUGUAAAUUGCUGUUUUGGAUUUCCUGAUUGAACAGGGCCGCUGGUUAAUAUCUCUCACACACACAAAAUCAGCCCCUAUUUUCAUCAUGUUUACACUCCAAUCUGCAGGCUUCUUAAAGAGACAGCAUCCCUUUUGAUUCACUGUUCAACUCUGCUUUUGAGUUGAGAGGGAGGGGCUGAGCUAAUUUACUGUAGGGCUGAUUUCUAACUAACAAAACCCCCUCUCAGAGUCAGUAGUGUGUUGUACAGAAACAACUGGAUCGUUUUCAGGAAGAAGAAAAAAAAGGGAUCCUGUAGCUUUAACUUGUAAACCACAUCUUUUGCACUUUUUUAUAAGCAAAAAAAGAAAAACGAAACCCGUGCCGUUUAAACCACUGGAUCUAUCUAAAUGCCGAUUUGAGUUCGCGACACCAUGUACUGCGUUUUUCAUUCUUGUAUUUGACUAUUUAAUCCUUUCUACUUGUCGCUAAAUAUAAUUGUUUUAGUCUCUUAUGGCAUGAUGAUAGCAUAUGUAUUCAGGUUUAUAGCUGUUGUGUUUAAGAUGAGAAAAAGUGAAAACAUCUUUGUACAUUUAAGUCUGUAUUAUAAUAAGCAAAAAAGAUUGUGUGUUUAUGUAUGUUAAUAUAACAUGACAGGCGCUAGGACAUCAGCCUAACGAGGAGGUUCCGUUAAGGGUUUUUACUUUUUUUUGGUCAUCCAUUCUGUGCAAUAUGCUGUGUGGAAUAUCUUUUGUCUAACAAUCUGCCCAUAAUACAACAUGGGGGUGGGGGGAGGGGAAGGUGGCUAAUUUUGCCAAGUUCACUGCCUGUCAGAUUGUCGAUAUACUUUCUGUAAAUAACCUUUUUUUUUCUGAAGGAAAUAAAAUCAGCUGGAACUGAACCCUAAAA